UAUCGGCGAUUCCGAUCCUGUCCUCGGUUUAUAGCUAAUAUGGCGCUGUCACAUUCUCGUGAAGCAUAAAAAGUCAGGCUUUGUCUCAUACUCCAUCGGUUAAGGGCUCGAGUCGAACCGCCGGUUUGAUAAAGGGCGACCUCGGGACGCCGGACGACGUCUCAAAAGUGAUAUCGGAGUGAGAAAGUACCGCGCCACUCGACACAAAUCGAAAUAUCCGCCUUCGAGGUGUUUGACCCUAAACAGAGGAAAGUGCCGCUGCUGGGAGCGGAAAAGUGAAGAGGACGGGAGGGAAAAAACAACAAAAUACACCGGUACCUCGGACCACUUUUCUCCACUUUACACGAUCCUGAUUUCGAAUUUGUAAUCAACGUCGCCCUUAUCCACAAAAAAAAAAGGUGAAAAAAUGAGGUUCAAAACGAGGCCCUUGGAAAUAGUAUAGUUUCAAUAAAUUUUAUACUGCCACCGCUAAGGGGCUAUUCGCAAGUUAAAUGUAACUUUUAUCAUAAGGUAAUGUGCAGUAAUUGUAAAAAACUAAAAACCCUUCAAACAUGCCACUAACAGAGCAAAUGGAGGUACCUAACCAGCAGUACUGCUUGCGAUGGAAAUAUCACCACUCCAAUCUUCAGGUUAUGUUUGCACAGCUUUUAGAAAGGGAGAGCUUUUGUGAUGUCACUUUAGCGUGUGAAGGAAAAACUUUAAGAGCUCACAAGAUGAUGUUGUCUGCAUGCAGUACUUAUUUUGAUUCUAUUUUCUCAAAACAUGAAGAGAAAGAUCCUAUUGUUAUUUUAAAAGAUGUUAAGUUUGACGAUAUCAAAGCUCUAGUUGAAUUCAUGUACAAAGGGGAAAUAAAUGUCGACAAUUCACAACUCAGCACAUUGCUUCACACUGCAGAAGACUUAAGAAUAAAGGGAUUGGCUGCAGUGUCAUGGCGAUCGGAAGGUGAGGGAUCUUGGCGGAGCGUGGAACAAACGCCUAGUAGUAGUCUUCCACAGAAUAAGAAUCAAGUAUAUCAAUACGGGCAACAAAGGAAAAAGAGAAGGCUUAAUCCGGAUUUCCUUUACGUACAGCAUUGUCCAAAAUUCGCUCGGAUAAAUUCCAACCAACAACCCGUUGAAGAAUACGUGACUGAUAGCAAUGGCGAUGAAGAUAGCCAAGAAGGAAUGUGGGAUACACGCUCUCACGAAGAUGUUUACUCAGAGCCGGAAGAAACCAAGCCCCAGGGAAUAACAAAUAGCAAUAUGAUCACUAACAAUAGCAUUACAGUACCCACAACAGUUAUCACUGAAAAUGAAAGUUCAAUUAAAGCAGAACCGGACCAGCCAGAUAUACAGACUUCAACUCCCCGGACACCCAGUUCAAUAACAAGUGGUCAGCCUAUUAAAGCAGAAUUAAUGGAUGUCAUUAAAAUGACCGCUUAUAUACAACAAGGCGGAAGAAGGCCACAUUUUUGGGAAACGUCAUCAACUAAAAGAGUUAUGGAAGCAAUUAAAAAUAAAGAAAUUGAGAUGAAAGUGGCAGCUGAGCUCCUUGGAGUAUCCUACGGCACCCUUUAUGGACGAUACAGAGAUGCUUAUGGCUGUCUGAAACAUCCAUACCGGCUUUUAAUAAAACUGGUUGUCUUCUACGAUAAACAUUCUCAUACAUGUUCAGAAACACUUUUCACUAGACACAUUAUAUACGCACUGAUAAAAAACUACAUAGUUACAAAAAAUGCAGAACGAAUAGUUAAAUAAGAGAAUUGUGCUUUUACAAGCAACUACAAAACUCGUUAUGAAUUAAUUUUAAAAAAUAUACGUGGAAAAUACUUAAGGAAUUAUGCAGUAAGUGAGAAAAUAUACGAAUUUGAUAUGUGGUUAAGACGUUCAAAUGAGUUAAAUCAAAUAUCUACAGAAGGAUUUUUUUUUUUUAAACUAA